GAAACGGAAACGAAAGUGAGAGUUUACUUGGAAAGCCCUUUACCUCUCCUGCGCAGUGAACACAUAUAGUGCCGGACUUUAGGAGGACAAACAUGGAUGAAUUUCCUUAUCCAGUGCUCGUGGAAGGAGACUGGUCAUCUAUAAACGCUAAAACACUCCAAAGUAAAGUUCAGAUUUAUUUUCAGAGCAGAAAGAAGUCUCAUGGAGGAGACUGCGUUAUCAGGUGUUCCGAGCGGAGCUGUACGGUCUUCUUCAAAUCCGAAGAAAUCCGGGAUCGAGUUCUGGCUAAAGCUGAUCACACAGUAACCAUCGAGAAACAGGAGCUGAAGCUAAAGGUGUCCAAACCGUCCAGUGAUUCUGGGAGUCGGACAGACGAUAAAUCCCAAGCAUCGGCUAAAGCAGGAAGCGAUGCGUCAGCGGGAGCUCAGCAAACAGUUGGUUUUGAUGCAAGUCAAAAAGUUCCUGAGGGUUUGGAAGACACUUCAUGGUCCAGUGCUGUGGUCCUGGAGAAUGUGCCAGAAGGCAUGAGUGAAGAGUUUCUCGUGCUGUUAGUGGCCUAUUCUACCAGUCAACCUGAAGAGGAAUGGUCUGUUGAGUUCAUAUCAGAAUCGAAUGCUGCUGUCGUGACCUUUAACGACCCCAGCGCUGUAGAGAAUUUUCUUACAGAAUGCAGGACUAAAAAAAAGUUCCAGGAGUACGGUUUAAAGGCCCGGCAUCUAGAGAAAAGUCGAAGUGUUAAGGUGGAAAACCUGCCUGCUCAGUGCUUUGAUCAGUUACUAGAACUUUACUUUGAAAAGCAUGUAGGAGCCGUGGAAGGAAUCAAGGUGAUAGCCGAUGAGCAAGUUGCUAUCGUCACCUUUAAAGAUCACCAGGUUAUCCCAAAUGCCUUUGGAAAAAAACAUGUCAUUCGCAACACUCCACUUAAUAUAUACCCAUAUUUCCCAUCUUUGGGUUUGGUCUUGUACGGCAAAGACAGACCAAAGAGGACCCUGUCAAAACCAUUUACAUAUAAGAUACAUCCUGCUAAAGGAAUGGCAAAAGAUAUUGAGGUGUUGAAACCGAUAUUAAAGACUCCUUUAAAGAAUGCAUCAAUUCAGAUAGAAAGGGGAAAGAUGAAGAUCUCUGAUAGCAUUAUUAUGCCUCCUGCCAUAUUUUACUUAUUUCAGCAGGAUGGACUGCAAACGUACGCUUCAGCCAAAUAUCCACAGCUGGAGCUGACAUACAGAAAGGACAAAAAUCAGUUGCAGUUAGCUGGGCUUCUUGUGGAAAUUAUUGAAAUCAAGAAUUUCAUUAUGGAACGACGAUUUAAUAUGAAAGAGAAGACCCUGAAAUUGGAUUCUUCCUUGCUGAAGUUCUUGAGCUCAGUGGACUGUGAGCAAAUGUCAAGAGAUCUGUUUACAUCCAAGGAUAUUAAAGCAGUCUACAGAUUUGAAAAUGGGGAAACUGUUUUGACAGCAACUACAGACAAUUCACUGGCUGAUGCUGAGAAGAGUUUUCAGAUGAUGCUGACAUUACAAAGAUUUCCCAUAGAAGACCUGACUGUGCUUGAAAAGAAAGAAUGGCAAGAUCUCACAAAAGAGCUUAACGAGUCAUACAACUCAUCCAGGAAUAUAACAGUGCUUAUAAAGUCCUCAGAGGACAGGAACACAGUUGAGGUAUGUGGCUUUCAGGAACCAGUCAGAGAAGUCAGUAAGAGCCUGAAGGAAUUUGUUAAUAAACAUUCAAGGAUAGAAGAGUCCAUUCGUGUCAAAUGUUAUGCAGUAGUGAAAUUCAUCAAAGAGAAGAAGCCCCAAGUUUGGCAGAACUUUCUAAAGGGCGAUAAACUGAACAUACAAUUUGACUCAAAAAGGCCCCUGAUUCGAGUGUCUGGAGAGCGUCUUCACGUUCAGCCUGCGCUAAUGGCUUUUCAGAACAUCACAAAAAAUCUUCACACUGAUAAGCUUACGAUCAGAAAGGCCGGAGUCAAAAAGUAUUUCCAGGAACAGGGUUACAUGGUCUUCAUGAUGAUAAAGGACCACAGAUUUGUGGUUGUGCUUGAGGACGAUUCUAUGAGGGAAGAAUUUGAGGAGAGUUACCAUGAAGAGAGCUAUGGUGCAGGUACAGUGAAAGAUCCUGGACAGCUUUUCUGUGAGGUUCGGACUCCUGGUGGGAUUGUCAUCAAAGUCCAGAAGGCUGAUAUUUGCCAAUUAAAAGUAGAUGCUGUAGUCAACUCUGCCAAUGAGGACUUGAAACACAUUGGUGGUUUAUCAUUAGUGCUUCUGAAUGCUGCAGGUCCGUCUUUACAACAAAGCAGUGAUCAAUAUAUCGCUAAACAUGGGAAACUGUUAACUAGGAAUGCUAUUACUACAGAAGCAGGCCACUUGCCAUGUAAAUAUGUAGUGCAUGCUGUCGGUCCCCGCUUAUACAGUACUGACAGAUUAACCGCUGUAAAGCAACUGAGACAGGCUGUGAGGGAAAGUCUGAACCAAGCUGUUUUAAAUAGGUGCUCCUCUAUUGCAGUCCCUGCCAUCAGCUCAGGGAUAUUUGGCUUUCCUCUUGAACUCUGCACUGAAACGAUUGCUAAGGAACUGCAUGCAUUCAUUGACCUCCAAAUCCACCAAGGUAUCAUGAACUCACUGAAAGAGAUCCACUUGGUGGACAAUAAUCCGAAGACUGUUGGUGCCAUGACGCAGGCUGUUAAAAAGGAGUUUACAGACUUUAACCCCAUAAUGACAUCUUCACAUCAAAUGGGCCAUGGCCAUGGUCACCAUGGUCAGAAGGCUCUAGGUGAUGGUAACCGAGGUCAGGGGUCUCGUGGACAAGAUGCUGGUAGACAUCAUGGCAAUUGGAACAGUGGUAAUGGCUCACGAUUAUACAGGGCAAAAGAUUCUGAGGAGUUUGGAACAGUCCAGAGCUUCAGAGGUGAAUGGCUGGGUUCCGUCAUGAGAAGAGCACAUGCUGUUCAGCAAUCACCACCUCCUGUUAGAUCACAACAGUCUGCUGACACUUUUGCCAGCUACUUCAAAAGCCCCAAUUCAGAAGCUUCUGCAAAUGAAGAAUUCGUGUUGGUGGGCGAGGAGUUUGAGCCUGUCGUGUUUCAGCUGUGUGGGGAGAGUCAGGAGGACCUGAAGGAGGCGAAAAACCUGAUCACCAGCUUCAGUGUGAAGGAGCACAUGAGCUCAAAUAUCCAGCAUUCGGCUAUCAGCAACUUCAGCCAGGAGGAGGCUGAUGUGCUGAGUAACCUGCAGAGGGAGCUGACGGUCAGCAUCGAGCUCUCAAAGAGCGGCCCUGAGCCAGUGCUCACAGUAGAGGGCCUGACGCGAGACGUGGUGAAGGCCGAGUGCCAAAUACGGGACCUGAUUCGUAAAGUGGAGAAGAACAUGACACGUCAACGUGACGCUUUCUUACUUAUGGGCCAAGUGGAGUGGCAAUAUCAGGACAGUGGGAAAUUUGUGCCUUGUGAUAUUCUGACUAACUACGACCUGGAGCAGGCACUUCUGUUUAAAAAACCUUGUUUAACGAUCAAAAUCAAUAACCAUCCUUAUGAAGCCGACUUAAUCACUGCGAGAGCUAAGGGGAAGCAUGGAGAGAUUGAAUUGGUCAGGAUUGAUUUAAAACAGCAACCUUCUGUCUCUCUGCCUAGUCAUUGGGAGGACAUGAAGGGAAAGUUAGUUUUGAGGGUCAAAAUCCAACAAGGCAGUCAGGAGUAUGCAGACGUGGAGACGUCGUUUAGGAGAACAGGACUGACCUCAAUCAUCCUGAAAAUUGAAAGAGUUCAGAAUGAGAUUCUGUGGAAGAACUACAUGAACCAGAAGGAGCUCCUGGAAAAAAAGAACAACCACACAAACAACGAAAAGCUGCUUUUUCACGGCACUGGCUCAGAUAAUAUUGAUAAGAUCAACGAUCGAGGUUUCAAUCGCAGCUAUGCUGGGAUGAACGGGGCUGUGUACGGGAACGGUGUGUAUUUUGCUGUUGACCCGAGUUACUCUGCCCGAGGCUACGCCCGCCCUGACAUGAACGGUCACAAACGAAUGUAUCUGGCUCGUGUUUUAGUUGGUGACUUCACCACAGGGAAAGCUGGACUCCUCACACCUCCUGCCAAGAACUCCGCCCGCACGGACCAGUACGACAGUGUCACUGAUCCAAGUCAAACAAUGUUUGUGAUCUUCCACGAUGUUAAUGCUUAUCCUGAAUACCUAAUCACUUUCCAGUAAGGGCUGUGUUUACACUGAUGCUAUCUGAAUUCUAUAUGACCUGCUUUUAACACUGUGGGGUUCAAUUAUUCGCAAAAUAUGUACAAUAGAUAAAAUGUAGAGUUUUGAAAAUGAAGAUAAGAGUGUAUGAAUGCUUAAAUAUGAUACAACGUGAUCAAAUGUUUAGAGUUUUUUUUCAUUUGGAUUCAUUAUAUAAUAAAGAACGUCUGAUGCUUUCGUUGUCAUUUUGCUGCUUAGUUUGCAUUUUGGAAUUGAAUGUUUAUGAUAUAAUCGGUGGAUCAGUGAGGAAACAGACAAAGCCAUACAGUAAAAUGUUGAGCUUCUGUUACUGUGCACAUUGAUGGUGUAGGAAACUGUACAUUGUAAACAAAUGCUGUGACUGUUUGAGGUCUGUCUGUUGCACAGAGUACAUGUUGGCACCUAUGUUCUCUAUUUAAGACCAUCGAGAGCCAAAUAAACAUUUACUACACAAUCA